AUGGGGGCGGCGACGACGGCGGCAGCGACUGGAGACAGCGACGGUGGGCCCCGGGAGAAAGCGCCCACCAAACAUCGAGGCAGCAAGCAGCCAGCCAACCCUAUCUCCGGCGGUGCUCAUCCGGUGCGCCGCGGCGCCAUCAAGGCAAAUGGUGCGCAGCCAGCGCCCAACCCCCGGCCCCCGGAGGCGGCGUGGCUGACACCUUCCGGAGCUGCGGGCUUAGGAGCUGUGGAGGCGCCGGUCGGGCGUGAAGGCCGCCGGCGGUGCCAGGCCACGGGUAAUCAUUUAAUGGGGGGCUGCGGGGGAGGGCCUGGGGGAGGGGGCGGACGGCGCCUGCGGCUCAGCGGCGGCGGCGGCGGCGGCGGCGGACGCCAAGCCGCGACAAUGGCCGGUAAUGGCCGGCGGCUAAUUGCUCGCCGUACUGCCGCCGCCUAG